GGUGUGGCCGCGUGGACAGUGCCCGGUCUUUACACUGUUUUACAAAUAACUCGCUUUCAUAAUUCUGAUUGAAACUCUUGUGUUGUUUUGACUUGAUGAUUGGAACGGAACGCGAGUGUUCGAUAUAGUUUUUUUUUGUGAAAUUAAAAAAAAUUGUCAAAGUGGUGGCCGUAAAAGAGGAGAUGAAGACGGAGCACCACACGUGCUGCGCGUGCGGCGAGGCGAUCGCGGACCGCUUCCUGCUGGAGGUGGGCGGCGGCACCUGGCACACGGGCUGCCUGCGCUGCUGCGUAUGUGCCGUUCAGCUCGACAGACACCCCUCCUGUUUCCUUCGCGACAGGCAGGUCUACUGCAAACAGGACUACGUAAAGACGUUCGGUGCUAAAUGUUCGAAGUGCUGUCGCGGUAUAUCGUCGUCGGACUGGGUGCGGAAGGCUCGGGAGCAAAUUUACCACCUCGCUUGCUUCGCUUGCGACGCCUGUGGCCGUCAACUCUCCACGGGUGAACAGUUCGCACUACAUGAAGACAGAGUACUCUGCAAGCCACAUUACCUUGAAACUCUCGAUGGUGGCUCUAUUUCUUCUGACGAUGGCUGCGAUUCAGAAGGUUAUCACAAAAGUAAGGCAAAGCGCGUGCGGACGACAUUCACGGAGGAACAGCUUCAAGUUCUCCAGGCGAACUUUCAACUGGACUCGAACCCAGACGGUCAAGACCUGGAAAGAAUCGCACAGGUCACAGGAUUGAGCAAGAGAGUCACACAAGUCUGGUUUCAGAACAGUCGAGCGAGACAGAAGAAACAUCAACACACAGGCAAAGGAAAACAGAAUCAACUGAUGUCCCGAGACGCAGACCCGGCGGGGUUUGGGCGGCCCAUCAACCUCCACCUCACGUAUUCUUUCCAGAACAAGCCGCCGUUUGUCCCAAUAGACGGCACUUCUUUCACGGACUCUUCAAUGGAUGAGCUGUCCGAAGACUCAUCUAUCCAUUGCAUGCAGAGCGAAGUUUGAAGUAUUCUAAAUUAAACAAAGCUUCUUGCCGUUAUUCCUGUAGAUAUUCAAAGAAUAUGUAGGUUUUAAUAAUUCUAUAUUCAGCUUAACGUGUAGUUCAUAUAUUAUGGAAAACAACUUAUUGUUAACUGGGAAACUGUUCAACUAAACUUACGUUCCGAUUGAUAUGAAGUUUAUCUUAAAAGUGACUUUCCGUUUUCCACUGCCAAAACACUUGUAUAAAACAUAUUGCUGUCUGUGUUUAUUCAAACUAAAAGAGAGGGAUUAAUAUAUGUUUUUACAAGUGGAAACAGACAGUUACAGCUCGUUUGUAACAUAUUCAAC